AUGGAUGAAAAUUAUCUCGUAUCAAUUUUGAACUGUACUGAGCAAUGCUGCAAACUACUUUUGUGUACAUCAUGUAAUACACUUCCGCGAGAUAUUGUGACCAUCAAUGGUCUAGAACCUAUCGUUUGUCUCACAUGUGCGGAAAAACAAUAUUCCAGUGGCAAAAUACCUUAUCUCUCGUUAAUUCAACCGAAUAUCAAAUGCAAUAAAGUUUUGGCAUUACUCAACCGAACAUUUCGCACUUUGUAUGAUUUAAGUGAUUCACCGAAUGAACCGAAAGAACACAUUGAACAGAAGAAGGAAGCAAUAAAAGAAGGCGUGUUAACAUGUUUGAAUCUACUACGCUCGACAAUUCGGGAAACUAAUCAAAUUGCACCAGUCAAUGAUUCGAAAAAGAAAAUUAUUAUAAAGAAAAAGAAUUUGAAUAUUCUCCACAAUGAAAGUGAUGAGGAAGAGAAAGAAAACCAAUCUAUCACACCUGAAAUUGAAGAGAAUGCUGUUCGUCGGAAGACUGUUCGUGGUUCAAACGCAUCCAAACGGUCAGUUAGUAUUAAAACACCAGAAAAUGAAUCUCCCCCGAAACGGACCAGAACUACUGAAGAUAUUGAUGCGCCAUUAUCAGUCAUCAGUCCAACUGUAGUAAAAAAAGGAACGACUCCUGUUCGAAAGAAACUGAGCAACGAUGGUGAUGAGAAACAAACCAAAUCACUCCGUUUGACACGAAAAGUUCAACAGACAGCAGAUGAGACAAAAUCAAUUGAUUCAAAUAAAAGUGCGAAAAAGAUUAAGAAAGACGAAGAAACCGAUGAAAAGCCAGCAGCUAUUCGUAAGAAAACUCUUUCAUCCAAUAAGUCUUCGCAUGACGUACGCAACGAUAAAGGCGAAUCACUAUUACAUCAAGCAGUGAAAAAAGCGGAUAUAAAUCGUGUCAAACAACUGAUUGAAGAAGGACAUUCAGUCAAUACCAUCGAUCACAAUUCUUGGACACCAAUGCAUGAGGCAAGUUCGAUGGGUGAUCUUCCAUUAAUGAAGUUGUUACUUGCACAUAAUGCCAAUAUUAAUGUUCAGGGUGGUAACGAACGAAUAACUGUUUUGCAUGAAGCAUUGUUGAAUGAACCUGUUAACGAAUCUCUUAUUAAAUUUCUACUUGAAAAUGGUGCCGAUCCACAUAUAAAAGAUAAAAAUGGUAAAAGUGCCAUUGAUCUUGCAGUCGAUCUUAAGCUUUCAUCUUUAUUCGAAAAGACUCAAUGUACAAAACCUUCACACAAUGAUGCACCGAUUGCUCCACCUGCUCGACGUCGAGCUCGAACAACAUCAUCAUCGAAUGUUCUCUUUUUUACUGGUUUUGAUAAAGCACGGAAAGAAUCUUUAAUAAAAUCUGUGCAAACGAUCUUUGGUCGUAAAUGCGUAACAACAGCGAGAAACGUGGAAAAUAAUGUGACACAUAUUGUUGCAUGUGGUGAACAGGACAAAAUUGCCUUUCGGACGAUAAAUUAUCUUCGUGGGAUUGUUCUGGGCAAGUGGAUUGUUUCGGAGAAAUGGAUUGAUGAAUGUAUUAAACAAAAACAAUGGAUUAGUGAAAGUGAAUACGAAAUAACUGGUUCACAAAUCGAACCAACUUCAAAUGGAUCGCAUGCAAGUCGAUUGAGACAUGAACAAAACGAAACUCUUCUUUUUGACAAGUGUGAAUUUUAUCUCUAUGGUCAAUUUCAUACGUACAAAAAAGAAGAUAUAGCUGAUUUGAUUAAAAUUUCCAGCGCAACAUUACUUAAACGUGAACCGAAGCUCCAUCGAAUCGAUAGUGACAACGAAAUCAAUGCAAAUAAUUCAUCGCCGAUCAAUUACAUUAUCUAUGAAACGACAGUACCAGACGUUCUUCUUGAUAAUAAUCGUAUAAAACACAUAACACUACUUGAUUUUUUGGCUUGUAUAGACUAUUAUGAUACUCAUGGACGAUUAGAUAAUUAA